AAUUUUAGCAGAAGGUAAAUUCAGAGCUUGAACAAGGCAGAAGUAAAUUUGGUGGUCCAAAUUUUUAGCAAACUUCAAACUUGAUGUUUGUAUCCAGAAGUUCUGGAUUUGUGCUGAAGUCAAAUUUGAAGUUCUGGAUUAAUACAGAAGUCAUUUUUGAAGUUUUGGAACAAAUUUUAAGUUAAGGAUUUAUACAGCAGAAAAAUAAUCAGCAAUUUAACGAAGUUUUGAUGAAAAAAAAACCCUGCCAACAAGACAGUUUAUUACUGAGUUGAGAUUUAAGGUGAAGAGUGGAGUUUUGUGUUCUGGAAAUUCAGUGAUCACCAUGGAUGUAAUGGAAUUAGCUGCAGAACUCCAGAAAUUGUUGUCAAUCCACGAUAAAACAGUGAAAUAUAUUCUAGAUUUAGACAGCCGAGUGUGCGAUUUGAACCAUCGAUCACUGGCGUUGAUCAACUUGGACAAAACAGGUCAGGCCUUACAUAUGAUGCAUAAAAAGGCCACCUUAGAAAGCGUGAGAGAAAUGUACAAACAUUAUCGGUGCAAAAAAUGGACCGAAAUUCAAAAAUUAUCGAAAAAAAUUAUGUCACAGUUGUCACCGGAAGCACCGAACUUGCUACCCGAUUCCAUUUUCCCAGAAGAUGACGGAACAUCGGAAGUGGAUGAACGUGUUCAACAUGUACUGAAAGUUGCGAUGGUCCAACAAUGUGAAUUUUCUAGAUACACAUAGAGUUCAAACAUAAGUUAUGAUUUGGCGCUUUUCCUAAAACUUGCUUCAAGAUGAUUUUAUUGUUCCAGUCAUCUGAUUGGUCAAUCAAUUUAACCGAUUUCAAAUCAGAUUACUGUAUUUCUUAAAAUCUGAAUUUUAUCUGAAUUAGGUUUUUUGAGGCCAAGGCUCCUGAUCAUGUUUUAAUGUCCAAAAUGCAUUAAAAUUACAAGUGAUAUCAACCUCAGGGAACAAGACACAUAAAUAAUUAUUAGAAGAGGUAAAGGAAAUUAUUUUUCUAAAUAUGUGAACUCUCUGAAUAAGAGUAAAAUAUUUAAAACUUUGUCAAGUGUUACAAUACAAAGUGCAAUAAACUGUGAUCUCAAAAUAAUAUUAGACGACAUUUUUGUCAACAAUUCUUUCAUUUUAUAAUUUAUUUAUUUAUUUAUAUAUUUAUUUUUUAUGAUGUAUUAAAUUAUUGAAACUU